AGGAGGACAAGGACAUGUUCGACGAUCUGGAUGAUGUCGGCCUAAUGGCCCAACUACAAGGAACGCUCAAGGAGGAGGAAUUGGCAGCUCCCGAAGACGAGAGCGCAGAGGAGGCUGACGCGGAGGAAGCCAAGGAGUCCGAGUCCCAUGGCGAGGUCUGUGCCAACGUGGCCAAGGGAAUUUGUCUGAACAAGGAGGCUCCACGCUGCAAGACGCCCUUCAGCGCCUCGGACCGUGGCGGUGUCUUCGCGGGCGUCUUCUGUCACUCCUGCAGCGAAAUCCUGGAAUGUGGCUGGGGAGAGGAUCGAAAAAAAGUCGAUCUUUGAAAACAAAAAGCAAA